AAGAAAAUGUAAUCCAAAAAUAGCAAUUUAUGUAUACAAAUAAUAUAUUAAGUACAAAAGCAAUAUAACAGAAGGAAAUUAAAAUCUAAACAUCUGAAGUUGAGAAAAAAAUGAAAUAUCUCCUAGUGAUUCUAUUUGUUUAUGGCCUAUGCAUAAUUGUUGUAAAUGGUAGCAGAACAACAAACAAGAUCAAUAUCUGGAACGAUCUCGAUCCCAAUCACAAGCACACAACCCUCUUUGUGCAUUGUAAAUCUAAAACGAUCGACAAAGGAAGACAAGAACUUCCGUGGGGAAAACUAUAUCAAUUUCCUGUUAAGGAAACAUGGUUGAGGAAUACACUUUUUUGGUGUACUUUAAGACAUGGGCCUGGUUAUACGAUUGGCCAACAAUUUGAUGCGUAUAAAUAUACGGGUGUGCCUCAAGGAAGCGAUUAUGAUUGGAUAGCUAGAGAAGAUGGAAUAUAUUUUAGGGUAAAUCGAGGUACGAUCCGUAAAGUGCAUAACUGGAAGCCAAUGCCACCGUAAGAAUUGUUAUCUUGGUAUAGAUCUUGAAGAAUAUAUAUUCUACACCGUCACAACUUCAUUAUGAAAUAAAUUCCGUGAAGUCCAAGUUGUGAACGGGAAAAAAUUCUUUAGAUCUCUGAUAUUAUUGUUGUUUAAGUAAUAUUUUUAUUUUCUUUCAUUUCUUUACUUUUUGUAUAUAUAUUCACUGCAAAAGAUGUAAUGCAUCGUGAAUAUAGAAUAAGUCAAUAGCUAUGUAACAUUUCUGUUAUUAUAUUCAAAAAAUACUUUUGAUAUUGAAAUGAAGAUAAUGCUAUAUAUCUUCUAAGAUUUCUUAGAAUGCA